GCAAAAGCCAAGAAAGCAACCAAGAAGCUCCGCACGAAGAAACAAGCCAUGGAGCAGAAGAAGUCCGUCCUCCUCGGCCUCCUCGCCCUCCUCCUCUGUGCCGGCCGCGGCCACGCCUUGCGCCUUCUCCACGACGUCGAUGGAGGCCGCGAGUUCGCCUUCGGCUCCAAGGCGGCCGCGGAGACCGAGCCGCUGGACCCGACCUUCGACGACUACGAGAACGAGAUCAGCCACGUCGAGUUCGAGCCGGAGCUCGGCAGUACGCCGUACGCCGUGGCCGCGGCGCCCCUCGCCGCCACCGCCGGACCGGCCCCGCAGCCUGUGACGGCGCGGAACGCCGUGGCCGGCAGCCGCAGCAUGAAGUGGUGGCUGCCGCCGUCGACGAUGCCGUCGUUCCCGCUGUUCCCGAACCCCGGCGGCAUGCCCGGCAUCCCCGGGCUGCCGCUGCCCGGCAUGCCGUUCCAUCCCAUCGGCGGCUGGGGCGCGCCGGCGCCACCUGGCCAGGCGCAGCCGUCCCCUCCUGCCUCCACCACCGGCGCCAACUCCAACGACCCGAACACGAACGGUGGUAUCAACUGA